AUGACCCCAAACCAUGAGCUUCAUAAGUACAUACUCCUCGCCCGAUCCAUCGUCAUUGUCGUCGCCAUAGUACUCACGAUAUCUCUAGAUAAAUCCAGCAAAAGAGUCGCUCCCAAGAAGCCACAAAAUCGUGGCGGCGGUGCCAGUUCUCUCAAUCCCUCCUCGACCACCCCGUCAUCCACCGAACAUACAGCCUCCCCUGCUCCUGCUCCUCCAGCACUUGCCACAUCUACUACAUUGCAUCCAGAGCCUCGAGCAUCGCCAGCUAAACCCUCGAUAACAAUUGCCACAAAACCCCUCCCUCCAACCGAAGAUGUUGCUAUUUCUACAGCCGUUCCCACCCCAUCAAUCACCCCAGAUACACAACCGCACCGUCGAUCCCUAUCACCCGUAAUUACAAGACGAGAUGUAUCAAAUCCGCCUCCAAGCCCACAGCUACAGCGGCCAAAACCUGCAGCACCUCGUCGAGCCGCUGGGAUCCCAAUAUCCAUGCCUGGUGCAUCUCGUGGAAACCCAAUAUCUAUGCCAGCUACCCGCCCACGGUCUCCAGAAGUGCAUAGAAUUCAACCCGUGCCUCGAGAACCGAGUCGCGAACGUUCUGAAGAGACUAGGUCGAGAAAUCAGAGCCGAACUCCGAUCCCCGCUAUCGUUGUCAGCCAAGAGAAAGCACCAACGGCACCUUCGCCUGUUGUUCCUAAGGCCUCUCAUUCUGCACCAGCUUCAGCUCCGACACUUGAAACCGUCAUUCCAGAUGCACCAGGUACCGACACUACUAUUACCACCGCAAAAUCAGCUACCAAACCUCGAAAACGGAAACGUCCCGCACCCGACAACCCCGAAGGCGACCCCGCUGACCCCGCUGCAGCAUCAAACCCCCGCCCAAAACGUGGCCGAAAGCCCAAAACGACUCCUCAGAAUGCCGAAAAUCUUGAAAUCGAACCCACAGUUGUUCGCAUGACUGACCUUUGCCGGGACACCUUCAUUGGGAAGAAAUCGAAACUCUACGAGGAAAUCGAAAAAAUUGAUUGGUUGGAUGUUGUGAAAAAACAACGUGCUAGGAAAGCAGAAAUCGAAGCCCGUCGGGCCGCUGGUGAAGAUGUACAACUUGAAACUGUCGAGCAGAGGCUCGAUCGUUUAGGACGGGAGAAUUCAUCUGCUAGAGGUGGAGGGGGCGCUGGUGGCAUGGCGCCGCAGAUGAGAAUUGUGAAUGGGCAACUUGUCUUGGAUGAAACUUCCGUGCAGGUCGAUAGAAGAGAAAGAGAUGUGGGCGCCGAUGGACCUUUGGAAACUAUUGAAGAAUCGAAUUUAACACGGCGGGUAAACUCUGCGACAUGGAGUAAGCGCGAGAAGACCGAAAGAUGGGACGACGAAGAGACCGAGAGAUUUUAUCAGGCUUUAGGGAUGUUCGGAACGGACUUUGAGAUGAUGAGCAAGAUGUUCAUGGGGAGGAGUCGGCGGAUGUUGAAAAAUAAGUUUGUAGUGGAAGAGAGGAGGAACCCUAGAUUAAUCACUGCGGCCUUGAAGAAAAAGGUCCCUGUCGAUAUGGCGGAGUACUCCAAGUUGGCAGCUAGGGAGUUUGGUGAUGUGGAAGAGGUAGAGAGCCAACUAAGGAAGAUUAGAGAAGAGCAUGAGAAAGGGAUGGAGGCCGCCGCAGCAGAAAAUAGUGCUUUGACAAAGGAAAGGAACGAAGCAGCUCUGGCCGAAUUAGCGAAGGCAGCCAAUGGGGAGACGACAGUCAGCCAUCAACCCGACCUGCACUCUAGUAAAAGGAGCAAGAAAGGCAAGGGGAAGUUCGUGUCAAAACAGAGUGGCGAUAGCGGUGAGGUCGUAAUGGGAAGUAUAGAAGAUUUUGCAUACCUCAGACAAUAA